GAUCAGUUUGAUAACCUGGACAAGCAUACACAGUGGGGCAUUGACUUCUUGGAGAAGUAUGCAAAAUUUGUAAAAGAAAGGAUAGAAAUUGAGCAAAACUAUGCAAAACAACUGAGAAAUCUGGUGAAGAAGUACUGUCCUAAACGUUCACCCAAAGAUGAAGAACCCAGGUUUACUUCAUGCAUCGCCUUUUUUAACAUCCUUAAUGAGUUGAAUGACUACGCAGGACAACGAGAAGUAGUUGCAGAAGAAAUGGGACACAGAGUGUAUGGAGAAUUGAUGAGAUAUUCUCAUGAUCUAAAAACUGAGAGAAAAAUGCAUCUUCAGGAGGGGCGAAAGGCGCAACAGUAUCUGGAUAUGUGCUGGAAGCAGAUGGAUAACAGCAAAAAGAAAUUUGAGAGAGAAUGCAGAGAGGCAGAGAAGGCACAGCAAAGCUACGAAAGGCUAGACAACGACACUAAUGCGACAAAGGCUGAUGUUGAGAAGGCUAAGCAACAAUUAAAUCUGCGCACACAUAUGGCAGAUGAAAACAAAAAUGAAUAUGCUGCACAACUACAGAAUUUUAAUGGAGAACAGCACAAACACUACUACAUUGUAAUUCCUCAGAUUUAUAAGCAACUUCAAGAAAUGGAUGAAAGAAGGACUAUCAAGCUUAGCGAAUGUUACAAAGGCUUUGCUGACUCUGAGCGCAAGGUUAUUCCGAUUAUCUCUAAAUGUUUAGAAGGGAUGAUCCUUGCUGCAAAAUCAGUUGAUGAACAUAGAGACUCUCAACUAGUGAUAGACUGCUUCAAAUCUGGUUUUGAACCUCCUGGAGAUUUUCCAUUUGAAGAUUACAGUCAGAAUAUUUACAGAACUAUCUCUGAUGGAACCAUCAGUACACCAAAGCAGGAAGGAAUGAGAAUUGAUUCAAAAACUACAGUGGGCAAGGCUAAAGGAAAGCUCUGGCUAUUUGGAAAGAAGCCAAAGCCACAAUCCCCACCCCUAACCCCUACUAGUUUAUACACAUCCAGUACUCCUAAUGGGUCCCAGUAUCCCAUAUUCUCCAUUGAACCAGUGCAUUAUUGCAUGAGUGACAUAAAAACAGGGAAGCCCAGAAUUCCUUCUUUCAGAAGCCUCAAAAGAGGGUGGUCGGUGAAGAUGGGCCCUGCACUGGAAGACUUCAGCCAUCUCCCUCCAGAGCAAAGACGCAAGAAACUGCAGCAGAGAAUCGAUGAACUGAACAGAGAACUACAGAAGGAAACAGACCAAAAAGAUGCCCUCAUCAAGAUGAAGGAUGUUUAUGAGAAAAAUCCCCAGAUGGGUGAUCCAGUUAGUUUGCAACCAAAAUUAACAGAGACCAUGAGCAACAUGGACCGUCUUCGAAUGGAAAUACACAAGAAUGAG